AUGACCAUAAAAAAAGUGAUUAAGGGUGAUUUAGCACUUAAUUUCUAUUUUAUCUUGUUAGCCUGUCCUGCCAGUCUGUCCGUAAGGUUUCCCGCUAGAAAUAUUAUAGCUGACGACACAUUAAAGUCAAACGAGAAUGAUUCAGAACUGACAUGCUAUAGAAAAGUGGCACCCCUUCUGGAUAUUCUACUAAAAGACUUGAACUUGAACUUGCUAAAUGGUGAAACAACAUCUAAAGCUAGCAAGUCUAUUGCAAAAGACCAUGAAAAUAUCUACGGAAAUAACAUACCCUUAAAUCGAGGCUUCGGUCGUCGUAUCGAUCUUUUAUUAAUGAACAAAGCCAUUCUUAGUAGACUUCUUGAACUACCUCUUUCUGAAAAUGAUUCUAAAAAUGUUUAUACGCUUGGUAUGGACUGGGUCGGCCCACGUGGUUACAUGUUUGCUGUAAAGAAAAUCAAUGAUAUUUACAUAGCCAAACAUACCAACAACCUUUCCAUACCAGAAUAUCUACAUCAAUUGCCUUCGUUUAUAGCCACGCUCAAAAGCUUGUAUAUUUGGAAAAAUCAUCAUACCAAGUUACAAGAUACAAUCUUAAAAGGAGUGAUUGCAAAAGGAGACGACGACUUUUUUUAG